AUGAGCAUAGUCGACAAAAAAUUGUCCAAAAGUUUAUUAUUCAAAAUGAGCAAUCCAAAGUAUGAUAAUCGUAAAUACCCAUGUACAGUUUGUCAUAAGAGGUUUAAAGCUAAGAAUCAUCUUGCGGAGCACAUGCCAUUACAUUCAGAUAAAACAAAUUAUAAAUGCGAAAAAUGUCAAAUGGAGUUCAAAGCCCCAGGAACAUGGAGAAGUCACAUGAGGAAAGCUCACGGAUUUGAGUGUCCACAUUGUAGCAAACCAUUCACAACAUUGACUCUCUUAAAGCAGCAUAGAAUGAAGAAACAUAGUGAUUUUAUGAGACAAAAGCUAGAAGAUGAAGUAGGAAUGAUAGAAAAACCAUCCAACAGGAAUGGAUUAGAAGGCAAUAAAAAUCAAUCUGGACAACAAAAGCUGAUAAACUUACCAACAAAAAAGAUCACAAACUCUGCUCCUAUAAGUAUUGUUAAGAAAAUUAUAGCAAAAUCUCGUUUGAAUGUAAAUUCAAAUGCGCAUAGCGCCACAAAUGGAAAGUUUGUGUGUAAGGUAUGUGGACAUAGAUACGCAAUAGCUAGGAGUUUACAAAGACACAUGACCACUGCUCAUAAAGAUCCCUUCAAAUUCAAAUGCACCCGUUGUGAUUAUACAACAAAUCGAUCUGACAACUUUAAAAUGCACAACCAAAGACAUGAAAUAGGAAAAUCAUUAAAAUGUUCAGUGCCGUCAUGCAAGUUUGAAUUUUUCUGUUUAAAAAAUCUUCGAAUUCACAUUCAAAAAGUUCAUAAUAAUGAAGAAAAAAGUUCAAUUGAAACUUUCAUCAAAAAGGAAGAAACAGAUGAUUAUUUGGAUGCUGAUUUAAAUGAGGAAGAGGUUGAGUUAAUGGAAGAAUUGGAUCCGGGACUUGAUGAUGAAAAUGGAGAUAUUGAAGAAAAUGUUGACGAUAGUUUCAAAUUUCAAAAUAAAUCAUUUUUAAAUUCCACAGAGAAGUCAACACAACACGGAAGUUUUCAAGCAAGUCAACCUAUUAAAAAAUUAACUCAGCUCAAAAUUUCGACAAGUUUUUCACUAAAUUCUAAGAAAAAAGAGGAAGAUUCAACAAAAAUAAAAGCUACUAAACCAAAAUCGACAAGUAGCUCAGUCAGCUACGAGUGCUGUGAAUGUAAAAUUGAUUUUCCUGACAACACUGAAUUAUGGGAUCAUUUGCUAGCUAUCCAUUAUCAUAAAAUGAAGAAUAAUGUGAAAAAGACAUAG